AUGGCGUUAACUGUCCCGUUAAUAGGAAGUGCAAGAAGUAUUACGGAGACAUUUGUUGAAUAUAACGACGCUUUGAAGUCUUUUACUUCAAAGUUCAAGCAAGUGUACGAGGAUGUCAUACAAAAAUCAUACACACGCAAGGCCAAAGUAGAUAUUAUGACAAUUUUUCAACAAUCAAAAUCUCCAACGAACGCAAUGGUGAUUGGAAGCAAAGUCUUAGAUGAAGCUACAAAUGCUGCCUCAGAGAGAUUAAUCUUGACACUGAAACAAUCACCAAAAAUUGUGCCUGGUGCGUCUUCCUUCUCAUCCUCAUCUACUGCCGGCGCUUCCUCGUCUACUGCAGGUGCUUCCUCAUCUACUGCUGGUGCUUCCUCAUCUACUGCUGGAGCUUCCUCAUCUACUGCUGGAGCUUCCUCAUCUAAUGCUCGUGCUUCCUUAUCUACUGCUGGUGCUUCCUCAUCUACUGUUGCCGGUUCAUCGAUCGAAGAAAAAUGGAAUCCAUAUAUCAAAUCGUGUAAAGACAGAUCAAGAAAGCACGGAUUCAAUUUGCAAACCCAAGCUCACAAAGUAUAA